UUUUAAAAUUGAAUUAAGCAUGACUAUAUGUCACAAUGUGCUACACCUCAAGUCCUAUCCAUACACACAAGAGGCGAUAUGAUAAAGCAGUUGAGCGGCUUAUCAAGCCGAUUAUCAUCGCCAGUUUUUCAAAUUCGUCAGCUUGCAGGAGAUUUAUCGUCCAUCCCACCCAAUUCUUAUCAUCACCGGAUCGCUGCUAAGGAGAAGAUCGAGGUUCGUCUCACAGUGAGAGCUCACUCCACAUCACCGGAAGCAGUCUCCUCCGGCAGCAGAAUGGUCAAAGCUAUUAGGGUUCACGAGACUGGGGGCCCCGAGGUCCUCAAGUGUGAGGAUAUCGAAGUAGGAGAGCCAAAGGAAGGGGAGAUCAAGGUGAAAAACCAGGCAAUUGGCCUGAACUUCAUUGAUGUACAGUUUCGCAGAGGGUCUUAUAAGGCUGUUACAUUGCCAUUUACACCAGGUAUGGAAGCUGCUGGAGUGGUGACAGCCGUUGGUCCUGGAUUAACUGGAAGAAAAGUUGGGGAUAUUGUAGCAUAUGCUGGCCACCCAAUGGGUGCAUAUGCUGAAGAACAGAUCCUCCCUGCAAAUAAAGUGGUGCCUGUUCCACCUUCUAUUGACUCCAUCACCGCAGCAUGUGUACUUCUGAAGGGAAUGACUGCUCAUAUGUUAGUUCGCAGUUGCUUCAAGGUUGAACCUGGACACACUGUUCUUGUUCACGCAGCAGCAGGUGGAGUUGGCUCGCUUUUGUGCCAAUGGGCAAAUGCACUUGGUGCCACAGUCAUCGGGACUGUCUCAACUAAAGAAAAGGCAGCCCAAGCAAGAGGAGAUGGGUGCCACCACACCAUAAUCUACAAGGAAGAGAAUUUUGUGUCCCGUGUGAAUGAGAUCACUUCUGGAAAAGGAGUUGAAGUUGUCUAUGAUUCUGUUGGCAAAGACACCUUUCAGGGAUCCCUAGAAUGCCUGAAGGUGCGUGGAUACAUGGUGUGUCUGGGACAGGCAUCUGGGGCACCAGAUCCUGUGCCCUUACCUGCCCUGGGGGCAAAAUCACUGUUCUUGACCAGACCAACACUGUUCCAUUACAUAGCCACGCGCGAUGAGCUGCUGGAAUGUGCCGGCGAGGUGUUUGCCAAUGUUUCGUCCGGCGUCUUGAGGCCACGCGUCAAUCACACCUUUCCCCUCUCUCAAGCAGCACAAGCUCACGCCAUCUUGGAGAGCAGACAGAGUUCCGGAUCUGUCGUGCUCAUUCCAGACAACAAGGACUGAUCUUUGUUCAUGGAAAAACUCGAAUAAAAAUGUCACCCGGUCCGGUAAUGUUAUAACAUUACUUAUUUAAAGACUGUUGCGAUUGUUUUACUGUGCUUUAUGACAUAAUGUGACACAAUGUUGUGUAAUGUACCAUGAAAGUCCGGGGAGAUGAGAUCUCUUUUUCAUAUUUUGCAUGAUUUUUGCCUUCCUUGGUGUCAACUGUCAACUAAGAAACUAAGAGACUUGUG